AUGGCUGCUUUGGUGCAAGGCUAUCCCCGGCAAUCCGGGACUGCUACCAUGCUUCAGACAAGACCGGUCUCCUCCACGGGCAUCAUCCAGCCUGCCCAGUCGCAGUCAAAUUCACAAUAUGGUCACAACAUGUCCCAGAGAAACAGUAUACACGGGAUGUCUGGUGUCGUCGGCGCACCAGUAGUGUACCGUCCAGCUGCUGGCUCUGUGCAACAAUACGCUUUUACCAACGCGCCGGCUUCGACCCACGGACAACACCACCACCAAUUCAGGCAACACCGUACCUCUUCAACACCAUCCGUUCCCCAAGUACAGCACUUUGAUCAUUCUGGCGCGCGUCCGCGAUACCAAUCCAGCAACUCCAUGACAAAUAUUCCCAGCGUUGCAACUAUCACUGGCACAUCGGCCGGCGGUUCGAGAGACGAUUCGGCUAUAUCGGUGGGCAGUAGGAGAGUCGCUCCUUUACCUCGACCUCAUUCGGCCCAUCUAGGCGAAACCUUCUCGGUACCUCUGAUCGCUUCAGCGGGCCCUGCGAAGGUGUCGCCAGAGAGGUAUCGCCGGCCAGCACAACGAGCGAAUGAAUCAACCAUGUCAAACACGUCGGAGCAAAAGAGCGGUAUGCUGCGCGGUCCAAACGGAUCGGUGUCACACCGGCCAAAUAGCUUCGUAGGUUCAUCGGGGGGCUCAGCGGUCGAUGACAUGCUUCUCCCUCAUGGUCAAGUGCGGGAGGACGUCAAGAGAGCCAGGAGACGCAGCAUGCCUGCAUUGGACUCCGCCGGUCUUGGGAUGCCCUUAACUCCCCUCUACGCUGCUCAGCCCGCCGACAUGUCUUCGAAGCCACGAAUGACUAACGAAAGGGAAAUCAAAUCGUCUGGACGAACAGUCAACAACUUGAGUGUUGAUCGAGUUGCUGCUCAUACACGCACCAGCAGUACUGAUAGCUGUUCGUCGAGCCGCAGCACUGCUAGCAGUGGAACCCGCCCAGCAUCUUCUGCCAACCGUAGCGCCAAUGUGGCCAACCCCACUGGAAACCCCGCCCACUCUUCUAUCCCAGAACAACAUCACAGCAACGGCCAAGAUCACGCUCGACUUGUCAACAUCCCCCCAAGAGGGUCUUCUUCCGAUGCUACCAACACGAAACGUCUUGCUAACCCCUCUCCUCUCUCUAAACCCGUGGCUAUGGACACUAAGGCCGUGCCCAACGCGAACGCUGGUGCCACCGCCGGUCGCUCGGCAUCGCCGGUAAAGGCUACCCCCUCGCCGCGGGUUGACAGCCCGGCUGCGAAGCAACUAGCUGCUCUCAGUCAGAACGACAACAAGCCCAAGAGCAAGACGUCACGACUGCGUCGGGCAUUUUCAUUCGGCAGUGCGGCAGAGUUCAGGAAAGCGGUCUAUCAUCAGGACGCCGAGAAUGGCCCCUCUAAAUUGCACAAGGAUCGGAACCCCGAUGAGAUUUUGGAUGCUGAGCAGGCCCGUAUCGCAGCACAGCAAGAGGCAGCUGGUAUUGGGAGCAACAUCUAUGGGCCAAGGAUAUUUGGGGGCUCGACCGACAACCUCUCCAUCUCCUCGACCGCGUCCUCUGCUUCGGUUAUGAUUCGAAAGAUGGGACGUGGCAUGAAGAAGAGCACCAGGUCACUUGCUGGACUGUUCAGACCCAAGUCUGUUAUUGGUGUCCCUGCUGCCGACGCAAAGGCGCCAGACGCUUCGCAGGCUGCGGUGUCCAUGAUAACUGUUGAGGCUGAAAGGGAAAGAGUCAAUGUCAACGCUGAUGUUCGUUCCCAGAGUGGAGGCGGUACCGGAUUCCCCCGCCUCGAAAGGAAUUCUCUCGAUGCUAGCAGAACGCCAGGUCUUGUGACGGACCGUGCGGGAAGCCUGGGUAGUGAUGGCUCAGCUGCAAGGAAGAGCAUUAUCGGCGGUGAAAGGGAAAGGGCUGAAGUGCUUGCUGCAGUCCGCAAGGGAAUUCUGAAACACACCAACAGCAACUCGCCGAGCCCAUCACCCCGGCCUACGGAGAACCGAGGACUUGAUGCCCCAAGUGCCAUCACUGACUCUCCUAACUCCAGUGCUCCCAGCACGCCCAACAACGAAGACCGAGCUGGCCAGGUUCCGAUUGGCAACGAGGAUUAUUUUGUGACAGCCCUCCGCCUUCGUCAGGACACCAAGAGCGCGCCUGGGACGCCCCAGGGAUCCAUGAAGCGAUCUGCAACAUUCAGCCCACGGAUCGCUUUCUACGAGACGUGGCCUAGCCAGGAGUACGAUCGCCGCGGCGAAAUCGCCACUUGCAAUCGCUUGACACCUGUGCUGGCCCAGCAAAUCAAGGAAGAACUCAACAGCUUCAAGAUGGAAAUGGAAGUUCACGAGAACUCCAAAAUUUACACGCACUUCUUCUAA